AUGACUGCACUCGGCAUUAACUCGUCAUACCCCAUCGUACCACCGGCACUGCCAUCAGCUUGGCAACAAUUCCGAGAUCGACCUUGUCUCUUCCUCGCCCGACAGCUUUAUGCCUGGCGACCAGUCAACCUUCCUCCGCUUCCCGAAAACCCCGUCACAAUAGUCUGCAUCUCAAACACCUAUAGAGAGCGACCAGUGAUACCAAGUGGCGAUAUUCUGAUCCAUGCCGGCGAUUUGACAUCAAAUGGAUCGCUUGCCGAGCUCCAGAUCACGCUAAACUGGCUACAAGCCCAGCCUCACCGCAUAAAAAUUGUUGUGGCGGGUAGAUCUGAUCAGUAUCUUGAUAGAAUGAAGAUGGGAAGUCGUUGCCGCUGGAGAUUAGGAGAUCCUCAGAGGUUAUAUUGGGGCGACAUCAUCUAUCUGGAGCACCGGGAUGCUAUUGUGGACUGUUGGAACGGACGCCAAUUGCGGAUCUACGGAAGCCCAUACUCACCAAUGACCAUUCCUUCCUCGGCAUUCCAGUACCCCGAGUUGGAUAACGUUUGGGAUAGAAUCCCUGACGACACGGACAUUCUCAUCACUCACACGCCACCAUACACCCAUCGCGACUCUCUCGGGGGCUGUAAGCACUUGCUGAACCAGAUAUGGAGGGAUCCUCCUCGACUGCAUGUUUUUGGAUGCUCUCUUGAGAAUAGUGGAUGGGAAUUCUUGCACUAUGAUGCUCUUCAGGAGGCUAUGGAGAACAUUGAGGCGGAGGGUGGGGGAUUUUUCAAUCUUCUGAUGGUAUUCAAAGGCCUCGUGCAAUCCUUUUUUUACCCUGAUAUCAAAGCUAGAACUCUGCUUGUAAAUGCAUGCAUUAACGGUGGAUUGUGGAAUCUUGGACGCCAACCGAUCGUAGUGGUCAUUUGA